AAUCGAUUACGUGGAGCAUCAAGUCGAAGAACUGCUCCAAGGAAAGAUGAGAAAUGGUGGUUGCCAGUUCCUUGUGUUCUUCCUGGUGGCCUCUCUGACAUGUCAAAAAAGCAUCUGAUAGAGAAAAGGGAUUGUGCUAAUCAAAUUCAUAAAGCUGCCAUGGCAAUAAACAGCAAUGUUCUUGCAGAAAUAGAUAUCCCUGAAAAUUAUAUAGAUAAUCUUCCUAAGCUGAAAUUCUAUUGCCAAGUGAUUGAGGAUUCAAUUAAAUGUGACCCCAUAAAGCAAAUGUCUUGGAAUUUAUCAUCAAAUUUCAUAAGCCUUUUAUGGAAGCCAAUAAUAGCAGCCGAGACAUGUAGAAAACGGGAUGAUAUAGUUUCAAUUAAGAGUGGAAGAUCAAGUCUGGGGGACUCAAUUUACCAUUACAUGAACAGUGCAGACAAAUUCUCACCUGAACAACUUCUUGACUGUCUCAAAAUAAGCUCUGAACGUGAAGCACUUGAGUUAGCAGACAGGGUUGAGUCAUCAAUGUACACGUGGAGACGCAAGGCUUGUUUGAGCCAUUCAAAGUCAUCAUGGAGCAAAGUAAAGGAUCUCAUUGAAGAGACAGAUUCUAAGGACAAAAACUACACCUUAGCUGAGAGAGCUGAGUCCUUAUUGCUUUGCCUGAAGCAAAGAUAUCCUGAACUUUCACAGACUUCUCUGGACACAUGCAAGAUCCAAUACAACCGGGAUGUAGGGAAAGCAGUACUUGAGAGCUAUUCUAGAGUUUUGGAAAGCUUAGCAUUCAACAUUGUUGCAUGGAUUGAAGAUGUUGUUUAUGUAGAUAAAUCAAUGAGGAAUCGAGAGGUUUAGAAACUAUGGAGAUGUUUGUUGUUUUCCAUCCAAUAAUCUUGUGUAAACCAUAUGUUUACUUAGGAUGAAGAAAGACACUAGAUGAUUAUAUGAAAAAAUAUAUAUAUUGACUUGUAUAUGUUUAUCUGAUUGUUAGAUGCAACAGAGAGAAGACAUUUUCACACCCUUUAAGCAUUUAUAGCUUGAGUGAACAAAAUAUA